AUGAAGAACAACAGCGCAGCGCUCUCGACCUCGUGCUCCGCGUCGAGCUCGCAGCAUCGCAACCGCUCGCUGGCAAGUGACAACGACACGACCGCUCACCAGCACGGCGCGAACGCAGAUGAGCCUGAGCACGACAUGUUUGGCGAUUGGAACCUGAACACCCUCAUGGUGUUCAUGUUGCUGCUCCACUUUAUGCAGUAUGCAAUGCGCCAGCCUUGCGGCUGUUGA